AUGUCGGCGGAGGCCAAGACGUGCGUCGUCACGGGCGCGAGCCGCGGCAUCGGCCGGGCCAUCGCGCUGGACCUCGGCGCCCAGGGCUGCAACGUCGUCGUCAACUACGCCGCGUCCGAGGGCCCGGCGCUCGAGGUCGUCGAGGCCAUCAAGGCGUCCGGCGGCGACGCCGUCGCGGUCAAGGCCGACAUGGCGUCCGUCGACGAGAUCAAGGCCCUCUUCAAGGAGACGGCGGACCACUUCGGGGGCUGCGACGUGCUCGUGAACAACGCGGGCAUCACGAAGGACGGCCUGGCCAUGCGCAUGAAGCCCGCGCAGUGGCAGGCCGUCAUCGACGUCAACCUCUCCGGCGUCUUCUACUGCUCCCAGGCGGCCUUCACGCAGAUGGCGAAGAAGCGCGCCGGGCGCAUCAUCAACAUGUCGUCCGUCGUCGGCCUCUUCGGCAACCCGGGCCAGGCGAACUACGCGGCCGCCAAGGGCGGCGUCUGCGGCCUCACGAUGUCGAACGCGAAGGAGUUCGCGGGCCGCGGCGUCACGGUCAACGCCGUCUGCCCGGGCUUCAUCGGCACGGAGAUGGCCAACGAGCUCGGCGAGGACAUGCUCAACAAGGUCAAGGAGGCCAUCCCCCUCGGCCGCCUCGGCGAGGCCGACGAGGUCGCGGGCCUCGUCCGCUACCUCGCCCUCGACAAGAGCGCCGCCUACAUCACGGGCCACUCCAUGACCAUCGACGGCGGCAUCGCCAUCGGCGCGGGCUUCUGA